UGAUAUCAUACCGACGGUAGUUCAAAAAGGAAGCGACGAAUUAUUGUAUACAGUUUGGUCACUCGUUAUGGUCCGCGGAACUAGUUGCCGGCGCAAGAGUAAUAAUUUCUAUCCAGUGAUAUUAUACCGACGGUGGUUCAAAAGGAAUGAAUUAUUGUAUACGGUUUGUGGUCACUCGUUAUGGUCCGUGAACCAGUUGCCAGCGCAAAAGGUUAAAUAGAGAGGCUGCAUAACGAGACCGCAUUUGGAUCUUCGUGCAUUCAUGCGUUCGCGGAUGAUUUAGAAGAAAAUAUGGAACGUAAAUUUCUUCUUAAGCCUUUGCUGUUGGCAGAAAUACGAGAUUGCACGUGGUCAACGUUAGACAUCAAAAGAAAUGAAAUU